AUGGCGGCUCUUUCCGCGUCUUCCGCGCUGACUGCGGCCAGACUUGCAUCUCUUCCGUCGGCCCAUUCUUCCUUCUCUCCGCUGCGAUCGUCGGGAACAAUUCCGCGGUUCACGUUCCGCGUACGCGCAGACGCAGCGGGCGGGGACGCGGAACCCGCGGUUGAGAAUGCGCCCGCUCCGCCCAAGAAAAAGACGAUUCGGCGCGUGAAAAAGCCGGAAGGGGGAAGCGCGGCGGAUGAUCUGCUUGCGCCGGGGCGAUCUGUGGAGGAGCGCGGUGUGACUGUAGAGGGCGUGGCUAAAGUGGAUCGCGGAGAGAGCUCGUCCACGCUCGCGCGUGCGCUCCUCACAGCGGGCGGAGAUGCGGCAGUGUUGAUUCUCUUCGCCUACAUCGGCAGAGCAACGCACGUGUCUGCUGCCAUAGACUGGGAGCUCAUCAAAACCGCCCAGCCAUUCCUUGCUGGCUGGUUCAUCUCGGCCAUCAUUUUCGGUGACUACAGCGUUGGCAGGCCUCUGCCUGCAACACCAGGAGACGCUGCCAAGGAGGCAGGGAAGACGUGGGCGCUGGGCGUGCCGCUAGGCAUUGCGUUCCGCAGUCUCAUCAAGGGUCAGCCUCCUCAGCUGCCCUUCCUAGCAGUUGCCAUCGUCAUGACCUCACUGCUCAUGCUCGGCUGGCGGGCUGCCCUUGCUGCAGCUCUGCCGGGAGAUGGCGGGGAGAAGUCCAAGCUGGACCGCAAGGGGAGCGUGUUCGAGCUGCUGGAGGUGAGUAGUGGGCUGUGA